AUUUAUGAUGUAUAUCUAAUAAUCAAAUGUAUUAUUUAAAGCUGAAACAGAUCCACAUACAUACAACCACACAUGGGACCCGAUGUGGCGGGUGUCAGCGCAUAUGUGGAUGGUGUUGGACGGCAUGGUGACUCUUGUCUCUGAAGAUCAUGACCCACAUGGAUCCCUCCACAAAUAUGCUCGAUUUGCUUCACCAAUUCUUCAUCAUUUUCCUUUUAGAGAUAAACAACGACAUCAAACGCUGCAUCUUCGAUUAUCUUCUUACCUAACAAAUCAUACUUCCCAACCUUCAUUACUUGUCUACCAUCAUUCAUACUUUUUUCUACUGCUCUGCUCCAUCUCAAUUCCACUGAAUCCAGGUUGCUUUUAGGUAACUGUUCUUUACUCGCAUAAGCUGGGGCACUGGAUCUACUCAAUUUCAUUAGUUUUGGUUCAAAUUAAAAGUCGAGGAUAGAGAAUAUUGGGUACAAAUCAUCAAUGUGACUUGGCAUGGUUUAUAGCAGUUUUCAGAUAAGAAAGAAUGAAUCCUCCCAAAAUCAAGCGUAGAGUGGGUAAAUAUGAAGUGGGAAGAACAAUUGGCGAGGGAACUUUUGCAAAAGUGAAGUUUGCUAGGAAUUCUGAGACUGGGGACCCUGUAGCUAUCAAGAUCCUUGACAAAGAAAAAGUUGUUAAGCACAAAAUGGCUGAACAGAUAAAAAUGGAAAUAGCUACUAUGAAGUUGAUAAAGCAUCCAAAUGUCGUCCGCUUAUACGAGGUUAUGGGGAGCAAGACCAAGAUAUUUAUCGUAUUGGAGUUUGUCACAGGAGGAGAGCUUUUCGAUAAAAUUGUGAACCAUGGAAGGAUGCAUGAAGAUGAAGCCAGAAAAUAUUUUCAACAGCUAAUCAAUGCUGUUGACUAUUGCCAUAGUAGGGGUGUUUAUCAUAGAGAUCUAAAGCCUGAAAAUUUGCUUCUAGAUGCUUCCGGAAACCUGAAAGUUUCGGAUUUUGGAUUGAGUGCCCUUUCUCGACAAGUUCGGGAUGAUGGUUUACUUCACACAACAUGUGGAACUCCAAAUUAUGUGGCACCUGAGGUCUUGAAUGAUAGAGGGUAUGAUGGGGCGACUGCAGAUUUAUGGUCGUGUGGAGUCAUACUCUUUGUGUUGCUUGCAGGUUACUUGCCAUUUGAUGAUUCUAAUCUUAUGAACCUAUAUAAAAAAAUUGGGGCUGCAGAGUUCACUUGUCCUCCAUGGGUCUCCUUUAGUGCCAUAAAGUUGAUCACUCGCAUAUUGGAUCCCAACCCCAUGACUCGAAUAACAGUGCCUGAGGUUUUAAAUGAUGAGUGGUUUAAAAAAGGUUAUAAACAACCUGAAUUCAUAGAGAAAGAAGAGACAAACUUUGAUGAUGUGGAAGCUGCUUUUCAAGAUUCUGAAGAGUAUCAUGUAACAGAAAAGAAAGAAGAACCUCCAGCUGCCAUGAAUGCUUUUGAGUUGAUUUCUAUGUCUAAAGGGCUCAACCUCGGGAACCUUUUUGACACGGAUCAGGGAUUCAAAAGGGAGACGAGAUUCACAUCAAGAUGCCCUGCAAAUGAGAUAAUUAGUAAAAUAGAAGAAGCUGCAAGACCUCUUGGUUUUGAUGUGCACAAGAAAAACUAUAAGUUAAGGCUUGAAAACAUCAAAGCUGGGAGAAAGGGAAACCUUAAUGUUGCUACAGAGGUAUUUCAAGUAGCACCAUCACUUCACAUGGUUGAGGUACGAAAAGCCAAAGGAGACACUUUGGAAUUUCAUAAGUUUUACAAAAGACUUUCAAGUAGCCUGGAUGAUGUUGUUUGGAAAACAGAAGAGGAUAUGCAAGAACCCAAGUAAAAAAUUUGGGCAUUUUAUUCUCCCAUGUUAUGUUGUGUCAUUAGCUUGUAUUAUUGCACAAGUUUUGCGUGUAGAUAGACAUGUUGCCAAUUGUUUGUUUGAUAAACAGUUGAAAACACAAGUUGUAAAAUCUCUAUUUUUAAUUAUUUUUUUCCCCUUAAGAAGUUGAAAAUCAACAUUACUCCUUCAGAGUAUCUCAUUAUUCCAGAGUUGAAUUUUAUUUUUUUUAGGACACAUGAACAUAAAUUGUAC